AUGCUCAAAGUCAGGAGAUACUUGAUCGCGAAGUUGAAAGCAAUAUACAGGUGCCAGGCAGGUGGACUCUGGGUCUUCUUCAGCCUCCUUAUCCUCCUCUUGGUCAUGCUUCAAGCUGCAGAGAAGCUGCAGCCUAGCAGAAGCUGCCGGUGCGAGCUGGAGCGGGCCCUGCAGCAGACCACAGACCAUGGCCAGAAGCGGCUGAGUGAUGCCCUCCAGACCCCCGACCUGCUGUGGGAGGACAGUUCCCUGUCCUGGCAAAGGAAGCCCAUGCCAGACACUGCUUCAAGUGAGGGUACACAGGACACUUCUCAGAUGCAACCAUACCUCAGCCAGGAGACCCCGCUGGAAACCAGCCCAGGCAGCCGAGAGGAGCGCUGGACUUCACCACCUGUGGAGAGCAGCAAGAAGGUGAAAGCCCAUCUUUCACUCACGAGGCUGAAAUCCCAGCUUCCUGGCCUGAGAAAAGCAACCAGAAAGGGUCCUUCUCCAAGUCUUCCUGGAAGAACCUCCACAGUUUUGGGAGGUGCUGGUGCUGUCACCAGCAAGUUUGUAAUCUUUGCAAACAGGAUGACCACAGAGGAGCACAGGAGAAUGUCACCACCAGGAAUGACACAGGUAGUGGUACAGAGCCAGCCUCAACCUCAAGCCAUAAGUUCCCCCCACAACCAGUGGGGCAGCUCACUUAAAUACGCCAUACCAAAUCCAGCUCAACCUCCACAGGCAGAGGACUUGCACAAGACACACACGGAGAGGGGAUUAUUCCCAAGCCAGACAGAAGUCCCUAAGGUUGAGGAGGUGACGCGUGGAGACCAGUGGGGCAGAAGAGUCUCCUCUCAAGGGGAGAGGUGUCAGCCCAAGACCGACAUUGUUUUCCUGAAGGUCCACAAGAGCGCCAGCAGCACCGUCAUGAACAUCCUCUUCCGCUUUGGUGAGAUGCACAACCUCACCUUUGCUUUCCCCACUGGAGGGGGCAACCAGCUCUUCUACCCGCGCCACUUCUUGGCCGGCUUCGUGCAGGGCUUCUCCCCCUGGAGCCCUCAGCGGUUCAACAUCCUCUGCCACCACAUGCGGUUCCUGCAGCCAGAGGUGCAGAAAGUGGUGUCCAGCUCAGCUGUCUACUUCUCCAUCCUGAGGAACCCUGUGCAGCUCAUGGAGUCCUCCUUUGUGUACUACAAGAGCACAUCAGCUUUCUCCCGUGCCCACAGCCUGGAGGAGUUCUUCCGCCAGCCCUACCAUUUCUACAACCCCACAAACAGUGACAGCCACUAUGCCAAGAACCUCAUGACGUUCGACUUUGGCUUCAACCCCGACGGAGAGGUCUCUGCUGAGCGGGUGCAACUCAUGCUGAAGGCCAUUGAGGCAUCCUUUGACUUGCUCCUCAUCUCUGAGUACUUUGAUGAGUCCAUGGUGCUGCUGAAGGAGAUGUUGUGCUGGGACCUAGACAGUGUUGUCUCCUUCCCACUCAACAUCAGGGACAGCAGCACCAAGUCACCCCUGUCAGACACCAUUGUGGAGAAGAUAAAGGACUGGAACAGGCUGGACUGGGAAAUCUACAUCUACUUCAACAGGACCUUCUGGGAAAGGAUUGACAGGGACAUUGGCAGGGAACGCAUGCAGCAGGAAGUAAAGGCGCUUCAGGAGAGGCAGGCAGAGCUGGCGAGGACCUGCCUGCAAGGGACAGGUAGCGUGGCCCCAAAGGACAUCAAAGACUCUUCCCUGCAGCCACUGCAACACGGCAAUGCAAAGAUCUUGGGCUAUAACCUCAAGCAGGGCUUGGAUAAGAACAUGGAACACACGUGCCGGCGGCUGGUGACCCCAGAGCUGCAGUACAGCAGCAUCCUUUUCAAGAAGCAGUUUGCCUAG